GGGCUCCCCUGAGCGUCUGGGGCUCCCGCGAAGCGUGGCGAAGUCCCGGGCCUGCGACGGUUCGCGGGCCAGUGCGGAGGCAGCCGGGUAGGCGGCAGGGAUGGGCGCGGGGGCGCCGCCCCCAGGCGAUGCGGAGAACUGGGCUCUCUCUCUCUAUUUCAGGAUUGGGAACCCAUGCCACACUCACCUGCUCGACUGAGGAAUUACCAUGCCAGGUAAAGGGAAACGAGGAAAAGGCCGAGGCAAGUCUGGCGGGAAGAAACCAAAGAAACCGGAAGUGGACAUCCUCAGCCCAGCCGCCAUGCUGAACCUCUACUACAUCGCCCACAAUGUUGCCGACUGCCUGCAGCUGCGAGGCUUCCGCUGGCCAGGUGCUCCCAAAUCAAAGAAAGGGAAAAACAAGACUUAAGAGCAUUUCACAGAGAGCAGAACUUGGGGACAAGAAAUCAGGAUAACACAACUACUGCAAGCAAAAUAGACUUUACUGAAGACAAUUUGAGAUGCAAGCCAAGUGGGCUUUUCUGUGGUAGUUAGUGAUAAAGAAAUGCAUUUUACUUCCCAGCUAAAUUCAGCUAGAGUUAGCCAGUUUGCAUUUUCAGAAGUCAAGGGGGCAAAAAGUCUGAGUAAACAUUCCACCAAGCGUGGUGGAAUUGAAAGGACUUUAAAAAUUAUUAUAAUUCUGGGUCAGAAUAAACUUUGUUCUCAAAAGGCAGUUCUAGCCUGCAUGUAUUUUAUUUUGCCUAAACGGGUUUGUUAUGUAGAAAAGGCAUGCCUGGGGUACCUGGGUAGCUCAGUUGGUUGAGUGCUGGACUCUCCAUUUUGGCUCAAGCCUUGAUCUCAGGGUGGUGAGUUCAAGCCCCUGGCAUGGAGCCUACUUUGGGGGUGGGGUGGAAAAAAAGACAUGGCAAAAAGCACAGGAUUUGCUUCUGAACCUUCUCUUGGGCACUAUUUGCUUUCCCCAUCUCUUUCAGGAAAAAUAAUGACUACUUUGUUUCUAGAAUUUUCUUCUCAGCAGUCUGAUUCUUGGCUGAUUUUAAUGAGCCAGGGACGCCAGUGGACACGAGCAUCAGUCCUGCUGUGUCCUGGGUAGGGCAUAUAAACAGAUGACUCAAAGGAGCUGACAGGGGACCAUGUCCUGUUGCCGGGAAAGAUCGGCAUAUAUCUCUCCCUUCUUUCCAUUUCACUGGACUCUCCACACUUUUUCUCCAUGUUUACAUCUUCCUUCCACCUUCGGCAGGCUUCCUUUUAAACGUGGCUGACCCUGAGUUAUGGACCUGGUGCUAGAAACUUGCUGUGGGCAUUCUGCUGCUCUUCCGUGAUCUCCCUAGUCUGUGGGAGACACGUAAGAGAUGAAACUGCAGUUCUUUCUCUUCAGUCCAAAAGGCCUAAAAGCCCCAAAUGUGAAACUUGGAAGCAAAGACAUUUUGAAGAAUAAACACCAUCUCUGAAUCACUUAGCAUACAGAACACCUUUUCUGCUCUGUGUUCCUGGCAUGCCGCACCACGUUCCCAGCACGGACACCUGCACCGUGGUCUCCAGCCGCAGCUGGGAGCCCGAAGCUGGUUUCUCUAACGCAGCACCUGUCUGGGGAUGAUCAGCUUGCCUGAAUUACUUCUAAUGAUGCCGAGGCUUGCUUCGUGAGGAACUCAAAGGCUCGUGGAGCGUGCUAAGAAAGGCUGCAACCUAAGACUCAGAAUCUCAUAAGCAUCAGAGGAGAAAAGGCAAUCACGCGAAUCCUUGUACUGGAGAAGUGGGGUGCUCACACCCCACGUGAGUUUGUUGGAAAUGACGUUCCUGUAGCUGUGCCAUCUGUGCGGACUCUGAGACCCUGAUUAGUUGCCAGAGGGACCCUGGCUCACUCAGGUAAAGGUUGAUGCUGCUCUUAACCUGGAGGUUAACCCUCUUGGUUUUCUGUGGACAGGAUUUGGGAAGGGAACACCCCCGCCACACUGCUAGACACUGCUGGGCAGUGCAAGUGGUUUCUGUUUAGGAACACACUAACUCCAGUUCAGCCCUUCUCAAACUUAAGCGUGCUGCAUGGUGGCUGGGGCAGGUUGGAGAGGGCGGUCAAAGGGCAGAAGGGUGGCGAGGGGAAGUGGCCUUCCUGCUCACAGCCCCUGCCCUGGCCGGGUUCAGAUGCUGGAGGACGCCUGGGGAGGAGCUCUGCCCUAGUUACUGUGGCCUAACCAGGUGCCAGAAUGCUUGUUGAGUCUUUCAGCUUUUAAGGAGGUCUCAUGCCCUCCUCAGCCGCGCUUGGUUCCAGAGCUGGUAUCUGAGCCCUGAUGCUUACUGGAACUCUGAGGGGUGGGAUUUGCAGAGCUGUUUCUGAUCUUGUCCCCAGCAUGGAGAUGUCAUCCAUGGAGACGUGCCAAGCGGCAGACAUUUAAAUAAAGGCUAAGGAGAUCAUCUGGAAGUGGAUUUCUUCUCUUGAGUUUGUUAAAUGAUGAGCAGAAAGGCUAGUCAGCCCUGGAAUAGAGGAAGUACUGAUCUGAUCAGCGGGGGCACGGUUGAUACCUAGCAAAGGAGGCUGAUGCAUGGGUUCCAUCAUGACGGAGGGCAGUCUGUUUCCCCUUCGAUGAAGUGUUUGCUGUGUUAUCAUGAAAGAGACACUGCAGACCAAAAAUCCACAAAGAACAUUACUGGAAAGUUGAGGAAAAAGUGAAUGUAGGCUUUAAAAUAAUACCGUAUUGAUGUAGAUUUCUUGGCCAUGAUAAUCUUAUUGUGGUUAUAUGCCAGAACGAUCUUAUCCUCAGGAGCUGAAGUGUUUCAGGGGAGGGGUAAUGAUGUAUGCAACUUACUUUGAAAUGUUUCAAGAAAAAAGUGUGCUGCGUGCAUGUAUAAAAUACAUAUUUUAACAUGUU